AUGAUCAACAGGGUCAUUGAGCGCAUGGAGGGGAAGCAGGCUCACGAGUUGAUCUCGGAGGGAUUCGGAAAGUUCGCCGCCUGCGGCGGUGGCGGUGGUGGCGGCGGUGGUGGAGGCCACUGGUUCAGCUGUCUAGUGCUUAGUAGGGAAUGGUGA